ACACACCCUUACCCCUGUUCCGAUCCCGACCCCCACGAGGCUACGACGCCGUCUCCGCCCUAGUCGCUCGCCGCCCCACCCCCUCAAACACCGACGGCGGUCAUGCCGCCUCCGCCCCACCCCCCACCUCCUCUUCCUCCUCACCCGCCUGCGCCGCCUCCUCUCAACGCCCACCGCUUCCCUCUCCCGCCCACCCACCCGCCCCCCGCCUCCCUCCUCCUCGCGCCGCCCUCCUCCCCCACCCGCGCCCUCGCGCUCCUAUUCCCCGACUCCUCCUCCCACCUCUUCCCCUCCCUCCCUGCCCCUACGGCUACCGCUGCCCGCUCUCCCGCUCCCACCGCUAUCCCGGCCCCGCUCGCCGCCGCCGCCUGCUUCGCUCUCCUCCUCCCAUCCUCCCACCUCCUCUUCCUCUCCGCCCACCCGUCCCCCGCCUCUCCCGCGGUCCACCUCCGCGCUUACUCCCUCGCCUCUGGGCGCUUUGCCCCCUCCCCGCUCUCCUUCAAGCGCCAGGUCUCGGGCUCUGGCUUGCCCCUCCAGGGCCUCCCGUUCGGCCUCGGCGUCCGCCUCGCCGGAGGGGUCAACGCCGUCGCGCUGCUCUCCCUGGCCGCCGGGCAGAUCUGGGUGCUCGCCCCAAGGUUGGCAGCGGACGGGCGGACUGUGGAGCUCCACAAGUGCGCGGUCGUCGAGCUCGAGUCGGCGCGGCCCGUGUACGCGAUGGAGGUCGCUAUGGGGAGGCUGCUGCUCGGCGAGGCUGGCGGCGUGCGCGUGUUCUCGCUGCGGGGUUUGUUGAAGGGUGGGAAGGAGAGGCAGGGGAAGAAUGAAGGUGCUGGAGCAGCAGGAAGGAAGAGCCUGCACAAGAACGGGAUGCUGAAUGGGUUGAUUGUGCCGGUCAGGCGGGGCAGUUGCGGGGGACGUGAUGAAGGAGAUGCUGUUUCUGCUUGUAAGCUCACAACUUUGAGGGUAAAACAGAGUUCAGGAAGCUAUUGCUCUUUCUUGUUGACGUUUAAAAAUGAUGAUCAUAACUCACAAGGCGGCAUGGAAUUGUUUAAAUCAGUGAAAGUUGUUUCGAUCCAUCCUCUUUCCAAGAACAAGUUUUUGGUACUGGAUUCAUCUGGUUUGUUGCAUGUCUUCAGUCUUUCAAAUGAAAAAAUGGGCUCAGGAGCUUCUAGCAAGCAAUAUUCUGAAAAUAUCCAUACAUAUCGUCUAGAUUAUCCCAUGAAAGUGCAAUUGGCUGCUGUCUUUCCAAGUAGCUCUACAAAGACACAGUUUUUUUGGGUUUCAGAUGGUGGGCACACUGUACAUGUUAUGUCAGCUUUUGAUGUUGAAUCCCCUAACGGCGACAAUGGAGAUGGUAUCGGAGAAAGGGAGUUAGCAACUAUCAAGCUCUCAGCUAUUGAAGCAAUCUUUACAAGUGAAAUAGUUGAGGACAUUGUACCUAUCUCCAAGGAUUCAGUCCUUAUCCUUGGUCAAGGCAACAUGUUUCUGUAUGGAACUGCCUGAAUUUGGUUGAUUAUCAUCUGUGGUGGAGACAUCACUGUUCUUUAGAUCAUGAUUCAUGAAUUUGCAACUUUGGGUGGGAUUUUGACUAAAGACAGGUGUUCAUGAUUUUGAAGAUGCACUUAUCCACCUGUCCUUGAAGUUAUGGGCAUCACUAGUCUUUAAUCUCUCAGUAAGCAGAUGAAAAGCCCACGAUUUCCAUAGCAGCCAGCAAGAGUUGGAAGGUGUACGACAUUCUCUACCUUGUGAACUAGUCAACUACCUUAAAGCAUGAUUGCAAAAUUACAAUGCCAUAUUUUUGCACAGCUCACAGAAAUUUCUGAACAGUUGAGGCCAGAUUUGCCAGACCGGACUAUAAUGACCCGGUUGAUCUAUAUUCACAUUUACCUGCGAGGACCACUGCAAUCCUUGUUGCUACGGCUGCAACAAGGUAAGGCUGCAACUCGAUGCCUAUUCUCAGCUCAGCUGCCAUGGAGUGUGGAUCAUCCUGAAGCCGUUCAGUUAUGGCACUACGCAUCUGGUGCUGGACUAUGCUGUUGAUCUUGCUGCAGUUCAGAGAUUGGAGUUGAGGACUGGGGGAACUUCCGUGUAAUUGCCGACCUCUGGGAUCUCAGAGACGAAUAACGUAGCAGUUAUGUAAGAUCAUGCUUACGCAUAGAUCCAUUGCUAAAAGGCGUUCAGUUGUACGUGGUACUUUCUUGAUGUGAGCUUGAUAUGAAGUUCUAGCUGUGCUUGUUUCUAGAAACCGAAACCAAGUUAAUUCUUCUUCUGUU